UUCUGCCACGGUGGACGGCCUCGCCUCUGAGCUCAUUCUUUGGCCAAUAGGGAGGCCGAGCGGAUCGAGUAUCACUAUAACAGAAGGACAUAAUCAGCGCGGUUGCAAAGUCCACUGUCAUCAUGUCCGACACAGAGGAAGUUGGGGUCGAGGAAUACGAUGCUGUAGAAGAGGAGGUAGUAGUGGAGGUAGAGGUGGCCCCUGAGGUGGCCCCUGAGCCAGAGCCAGAACCACAGCCAGAGCCAGAACCAGAACCAGUGGUAGAACCAGAACCAGAACCAGAACCAGAACCUGAGCCUGAGCCUGAAGACCCCACUGAAGAGGAAGAGGAGAAGCCAAAGUUCAAGCCCACCGCCCCAAAAAUCCCAGACGGUGAGAAAGUGGACUUUGAUGACAUCCAGAAGAAACGUCAGAACAAGGAUCUGAUUGAGCUGCAGGCCCUGAUCGAUGCUCACUUUGAGCACAGGAAGAAGGAGGAGGAGGAGCUGAUCGCCCUCAAGGAGAGGAUUGAGAAGCGUCGUGCCGAGAGGGCCGAGCAGCAGAGGGUCCGCGCUGAGAAGGAAAAGGAGCGCCAGGCCAGACGUGAGGAGGAGAGGCGGAUCAGAGAGGAGGCUGAUGCCAAGAAGAAGGCAGAUGAUGAUGCCAAGAAGAAGUCGGCUCUGUCCAGCAUGGGCUCCCAGUACAGCAGUCACCUGCAGAGAGCUGACCAGAAGAGAGGAGGAAAGAAAGAGACUGAGAGGGAGAAGAAGAAGAAGAUCCUGGCCGCCAGGCGCAAGCAGCUGAACAUCGACCAUCUGAACGAGGAUAAGCUGAAGGAAAAGAUCAAAGAGCUGCAUGACUGGAUGACCCAGCUGGAGUCUGAGAAGUUCGACCACACGGAGAGACUGAAGAGGCAGAAGUACGAGGUUACUACCCUGCGUAAGAGAAUCGAGGAGCUCAGUAAAUUCAGCAAGAAGGGAGCCGCCCGCCGCAGAAAGUAGAUCAACUCGGCCCGCCCGUGCCCAGAAACCAAACCAGGAUAAUCUCGGACACAUGCCUGAUGAAGCAAUGCACGCUGUGGCAAAGGUCUUAGCUCAGAAGAAGCCUGUAAUGCUGAGGUUUACCCUGCAGCCAACCAACCACACUAUGAAACAUGCAACCAGGAGCCUUUAGCUGCUCUUCAGUAGGAAUAAAAACCAUUAAACUUUGUUGCCGUCACGCUUCCUCACCCUCGACUGUUUGGUUCUCAGUAUUUUUGUAAAUAAAGUGUGACACUUCAAGCCA